AUGCCGGAGCAGAGAUCGGGUUUCGGAGUCCGAGACGCGAGCCCCGACUCGGUCAUCUUCACCCUCGAGUCAAACUUCAGUCUCUUCUCUUCAGCCUCUGCUAGCGUUGACCGCUGCUCUUUCGCCUCCGACGCUCUUGACCACGACUCCGAGAUCUCUCCGAACUCGGCUGCACAUGAGCACCACGUUGAAGAAAGCUCGAGCGGUACAGAUCGCGAUCCAGAUCCGAGCAGACGCCUAACUUUCCACACCAGCAGCAUCAAGCACUCUCGUCUCUCCACAAAAGCAGAAAAGGCCAAAGUUCAAAAGGAAGACACUGACUUGGAUUUAGUUCUCGAUUCGGCUAGGAGCUCUUUCUCUCUGGCCAUCAAAGAAUGCCAGGACCGGCGCUCCAGAUCUGAAGCUUUCUCGAAGAAGCUAGACAGGCCGAGACCCGCUUCUUUGGAUUUGAACAAUGCCUCUGUCUCCUCGCCGAGACUGGGCAACAUAAAGAAGAGUUCCAUGGCGUCUCGGAAAUCGGGGAAUUUCCCGAGUCCCGGUACACCGAGUUACCGGAACACGAGUCUCGGAGUUCAGAAGGGUUGGAGCUCCGAGCGAGUUCCGGCGCCUACCAACGUGGGUCGGAAGAAUACGACGGCUUCAAUGUUGCCGUUUAAUAACGGGAGGACAUUGCCGUCGAAAUGGGAAGAUGCCGAGAGGUGGAUUUUCAGUCCGGUUCAGGGUGAUGGUGUGGUGAGGCCGUCGUGUCAGCAGACCCAGAGGAGGCCAAAAUCGAAGAGUGGUCCACUUGGGCCUCCUGGGGUUGCGUAUUACUCAUUGUACUCGCCAGCAAUGCCCAUGUUUGAUGGGACCAAUGUGAGCAAUUUCAUGGCUGCUUCUCCGUUUUCAGCUGGUGUUAUAUCAGCUGAUGGAUUGGCAUUCCACUCCGGUGCCCAAAAUGGAGCCUUUACAACCCGGGCUGAACCUUGCAUUGCCCGUUCGGUUAGUGUGCAUGGUUGCUCUGAGGUGCUGGACCAGCAGUCUUCACUGCCUGGCUCUCAAGAUGAAAAGUUUGAUGGACCUGAUGGGGUCAAGGAUGCAGCUACCAAUGUAUCUCGUGCAGUUUCAAGAAGGGACAUGGCAACGCAGAUGAGCCCAGAUGAUAGCACUCACUCAUCUCCCACAGGAGGGCCUUCUUACUCUGCCUCCAGUUCCUCGGGCCUGCCUAUUGUGGAAGUGCAGAGUGCCCCUUCUUUGAAGUUGGAAGUCAGGGAUGUGCAGGUAGAUGACCGUGUCACUGUGACAAGGUGGUCCAAGAAACAUAAAGCCCGAGUACCUGGGAAGGGCUCUGAUAUUAUUGAUAAUUGGAAAAAGAAAGAUGCAGACUCUCGGUCUGCUGCUUGGGAUCUUUCUUACUCAUCGAAGAACAUUUCAAAAGUUAAAAGAGAGGAAGCCAAAAUCACUGCUUGGGAGAACCUGCAGAAGGCGAAAGCUGAGGCAGCAAUACGGAAACUAGAGAUGAAGCUGGAAAAGAAGAGAUCAUCAUCCAUGGAUAAAAUCAUGAACAAGUUGAGAUUGGCUCAGAAGAAGGCUCAAGACAUGAGAAGCUCCGUGUUAACCGACCAAGCACAAGUUGCAGGGACCUCACAUAGAACUGUAUCAAUUCAUAGAACUCGUCAGAUGGGUUCUUUGAGUGGUUGUUUUACAUGCCAUGCUUUCUGA